CAGGCAUGGGUGCCUCGCAGUCGACCCAUGAGAACAAGCUAUAUGAGGCGUGUAUGCGUGGGGACGUCCGUGCUAUCGCUGCCCUCCUUGGCAAGGGUGUCGAUCCGAACGCAGCGAGAGGACCCAACACAUGGUCGGCUCUUCAUGCGGCUGCCUAUCACGGCCCGGCCGAAGUCGUCAACUUGCUACUUGAUGCUGGGGCAGACAUUAAUGCGCUCAAUGAUGACUCGCACUCGCCGCUCUACGUCGCUAUCGCAUCGCAUCAAUUCCCUUGCGCAGAGGCGCUCAUUUUGCGUUCGGCUCGCGUUGUCGGCGACGCCGGGCCGCUGUGGACCAAGUGCUUCACUCUCUCAUCCACACAGCCGCAGGGCAAGCCCGAGCUCGCCGAGCUCCUUCUUGCCGGCGGCGCCGACCCGAACGCGCCCAACGCCGACGGCAUCCCGCCGCUUUCUGAGGCCAUCGGCCGUGGCAUGAUCGACCUCGCCCUUGUCAUUCUCUCGUGUCCAGACACCAACGUGGCCCUUCCUGACGCCGAUGGCAUCACCCCACUGCACUACGCCGCGUACGCCGGCUCGGUUGAGCUCGGCCACUCGCUGCUCUCACGCGGCGCGCCGGUCGCGGCUGCUGUCUCGGACGGCGCUACUCCGGCGUUCUUUGCCGCCGAGGAGGGCCACGCCGCCUUUCUCGGCAUGCUCCUCGCGUCGUCGCCGUCGACCAUCGCUCAGCGCAAUGCCGCCGAAUGGACGCUCCUCCAUGUGGCUGCCAACACCGGUGCCGACAAGGUUGUCGAUACCCUGCUCAAGAUUGGCCUUGCCUCCUCGGCCGAGGUCUCGCUCGACAUCGACGCCCGGACUGAGCACGGUACUACCCCUCUCGCCGUUGCAGCCUCCAAGGGCUUUGUCGCCAUCUGCGCUAAGCUUCUCGACGCCGGCGCCGACGUCAACGCCCUCACAGACACGCAUGCUUCAGCGCUGCACAAGGCCGCACUUGGUGGGCAUGUCCAAGUCGGUAAGGUCCUGCUCCGCCGCGGCGUCGCCAUCGACACCGCCAACGUCGACGGCUGGUCGGCGCUCCACGUCGCCGCCCAUGAGAACCAUCCCGACUUUACUGCCCUUCUCAUCUCGCACGGCGCCGCCCUCGAGCUCGAGUCCACAACUGGUCUCACCCCACUCGACGUUGCGCUUCGCUCGGACGCUCACGCCGCCGCUCACGCCCUCCUCGAUCACGCUGCCCCCAUCAGAGACCACGCGUUCCUGGCGUCCGAACUUGCAAGUGCCAACCACCUCGAUCCCAGCUCUGCCCGUGCGGGCGUCCUCCAGCGCGCCGCAGAUGCAUGUGCCGGGGACUUGCUGCCACCGUCGGCCGAUGCGGCUCCCACCCAGACAUCCGACGCGCCGGCGCCCGAGCCGGGUUCGCUCGCCGCCCGCAAGGCCGGCUCGCGCCGCAAGCGCCGGACAAAGUCGAUGAUGACCGACGAUCAGCGGCGGACGCUGCUGUUCCUCAAGGCAGCGCGGCAUGGAUCGGUGGCGCGGCUGAACGCGCUCGAGUCGGCCGCCGACGUCGCGCCGCUCCUGACGGCCACCUCCAAAGCCGGCCUCUCACCGCUCUUUCUCGCCAUCUCGCACGGCCACGACUCGGCGACCGCUUGGCUCCUUGCCCGCGGCGCGACGCUCAACGGAACACCGGCCGAGCGCGCUGCCGAGGCCAAGGCCACCGGCGGCGCCACCUUUUUGCACCGCGCCAUUGUUCGCGGCGAGGACGCCCGCGUCGAGCUCCUGCUCGAGGCCUACACCGACGUCGAUGUUCGCGACGGCGACGGAAACACGCCCGCGCAUAUCGCGGCGUACAUGAACAACAUGGCGUAUCUCGCGCUGCUCGGCGCCUCGGGCCGCGCCGAUCUCGCCGCCCUCAACCACGCUGGCCAGACCCCGCUCGCUCGCGCCCUCAACUCGCUGGACACCUUCCGCUUUCUCGUCCUCAACGCGCCCGACACGCUCAACGUUGGUGACGUCGCUGGCCUCACCCCCGUCGCCGCCCUAGCCGCUGCCGGCGACGUCGAGAAGCUGCGCUUUGCGAUUGCUGCCGGCGGCGACGCCACCACCCGCGACGCUGCCGGCUACACCCCGCUGCACCAUGUCGCGGUCCACGCGCCGCGUUCCCACGCCGCGCUCGACGUGCCGCUCGAUGUCGACUCCGACACAUCAGCCGCCACCGCCGCCGUUCUGCUCGACGCCGGCGCCGACGUCGAUGCCACGGCCUCGUCGGACGGCGCGUGGCCGCUGCUACUUGCUGUUUCGGCUCAAGCCGGCCCGCUCGUCAAGUUCCUCAUCGCCGCCGGUGCCGAUCUCUCCAAGACCACCGUGUCGGGCCGGACAGCAUACGACACUGCGCUGGCAACCAACCUCGCAGUGGCAGCCAUUGUCGAGGCCGGGCUGCGCAAGCACGGCCUUGCCCGGUCGCCGCCGCGCAAGAAGCCGACCGGCCAUGCUGCCACCAUCGCCGCUACCCAGGACCUGAUGCUCGAGUUUGCGGCGUACAAAGCACGGACGGCAGCGCUCGAAGCCGAGAACACCCGGCUCCGCGCCGAGAUGCGCCAGCUGCGCAAGCUUGUCCUCCGCGGCGGCGCUACAAACAUCACCAAAAUCGUCGUGCCCGGGACCCAGGGUGACCUCGACGCCACCAUCCGCGACCUCUCGCGCAAGGGCGGCUUUUCCAGGAAGCGGCGGCGCAUCCGCAAGCGGAGACGGCGUCCCAUGGGUUCCGCCGCGGCCUCGACCACCAACUCGACGGCCAACAACUCCAUCGAGACCGCCUCGGUCUCUGCCGAUGACGACGAUGCCACGGCGUGAAUGACUGCCACAAGUGGUGUGAUUGCGGUGAGACGUGAAUAACAACGUAGUCUGCCG